AUGCCCGAAGACGAAACCUAUAUCGCGUUCAGGUACAUUCGCUCCACCCGGAACAUCAGCAGCAACGGGCAAAAUGAUGCGCUGCGUUCUGUUGGUAGCGACUACCUUUUCGAAGCACGGGAAGACGAGGCUAAAGCCACUCUCACGGAAGUAUUGGACAAAGUGGAGGUUGAACCUCUCAUUGCCCUCGACUUAGGACUCCAGGCCCUGCCAUGGACUGCCGUCGCUGAGGAUGAAGUAGUUUCGGAACUUGUAUCUCAGUACUUCGCCACGGAUCAUUUGUAUGUGUAUCGUCCAAUACCUCGAUCUAAGUUUCUGCGUGAAAUGAAGGUGGGAGACCCCGAUACGGCGACUUGUUGCUCCCCGUUACUGGCUAAUGCAAUAUGCGCUCAUCAAUGUACUCUUUCACCAAAGGCCCAUCUCGGUGCCGUGCCUCGCGGGGAUAUGACUGAGAGGUUCCUUGUCGAGUCAAACCGACUACUCCAGAACGAGUCCAGCAGAGGAGUCCUUGGCGUCCUGCCAAGCUGUCUGCUUGAUACAUGCCGCAGAGCUACGCGAGAUCAGCUCGAAGUCGUGUUGGACGUGGAAGCGGACUCAUUCAAAUCUGAAUCAGAAGCCGUUACGAAAACAGCCGGCGCAGGUCAAGGGCUUGAUGAAUGGCGAAUGUGCGCCGAGUCUUGA